AUGUAUGUAUUCCGGGCUGCGAGUGUGCCACAGCCGUUGAGAGCUAGAGCUCUUACAGUCAAAAACAAAACUGGUAUUUGCCUGUUUGUGCUCGUAGCAUUCCAUCUUCACUGUGAGAGACCCGCGAUAAGACAUUAGUUGUUGCCGGCUGGUGGUAGUAGGCAGUGUAUUAGCCAGGUUAUUAAAAGAAAGUCACAAAGCGAAGCGAAAUUCGAAAGCAACUACUGAAAUUCGAACAUACUCGUACUUGGACUAAGUGGUGCAGUGAUGAUGAUGGAAGUUGGUGGAUGGCAGUUAGUUGUCUGUAACGGUGCCUAAAAGAAAGUUGCAGUGUGAGUAAACAACGCAAGCGCGCAAAUCGACAAACGACAUUUUAGUUGAAAACCAACAUCAUAUACGAAUAAAGCCACUGAAUAUGCCGGACGAAGUACCCAGCCAUUUGGAAGACGACGAAAAAUCAUUGUGCUUUCGCGGUCCAUGGGCCUGGCUGGUGCUCAUACUUGCCUUUUGCCUUGUUAUCGGAUUGAUCAUGUGGUUGCUGCGCAAGUGCGUACAGGGACCCUUUUAUCGCAAGAAGACCCGCAUCGAUGGUAAAGUAGUGAUUGUGACAGGCUGUAAUACGGGCAUAGGUAAAGAGACUGCCAUGGAGCUGGCACGCAGAGGUGGACGUAUUUACAUGGCUUGCCGUGACGCUGCGCGUUGUGAGGCCGCACGCUUGGAGAUCAUUGAACGCACACAAAACCAAAACGUCUUCAAUCGCACAUUGGACUUGGCCUCAUUGUCGUCGGUGCGCCAAUUUUCCGAACGCUUUCUAGCAGAGGAACAACGCUUGGACAUUCUUAUAAAUAAUGCCGGCAUUAUGGCCACACCACGCAAGCUCACCGUCGAUGGCUUCGAGCAGCAGUUUGGUGUCAAUCACUUGGGCCACUUCUUGUUGACAAAUUUACUGUUAGAACGCUUAAAGUCUAGUGCUCCCAGUCGCAUUGUAGUGGUAAGUUCAGCGGCUUACAUCUGCGGACGCAUCAACAAAGACGAUUUGAACAGUGAGAAGCACUAUUCAAAAUUCCUGGGUGCUUACUGCCAAAGCAAGUUGGCCAAUAUACUGUUCACACGAAAGUUGGCUGAAAUGCUUAGGAAUACUGGCGUAACCGUCAACUGCGUCCAUCCCGGUAUAGUGCGUACUGAAUUGGGUCGCUAUAGCAUUUCUACGCACUGGUUCAAUGCCAUUUGGUUCCGCGUAUUUGGCUGCUUCGUCAAAACGCCCAAAGCCGGUGCGCAGACAACAUUGCGCGUAGCAUUAGAUCCGGCGCUUGAGAAGUGCAGUGGUGACUUCUACGCAGACUCAACCAGCUUGCCUCUGCUGCCGAAAGCAAAAGACAAAGAGAUGGCGGAAUGGUUAUGGAAAGAGAGCGAAAAGUUAGUCGGCCUUCAAGGAACGCCGAAUGCGGUGCAAACAAUAGUGGUGGAUCAAUAAAGCCUCGCCCCAGGAAGGUAGCGCACUAUUCCACCGGGUCUUUCGUAUUGAUUGUAUUUACUUAACUUUAAGUCUCUGCAUAUAUAAGUAUACACAUAUUACACAUUUGGUUUUUUUUUAUAAAGCAACAAUAACAUUGAGA